GAAAAAUGUCAGCUGAUAAUUUCCCUUUUUUUUCUUUCUUUUUUUAAAGAAAAAUAAAGAAAAGGGAGAAGAAGAUAUGUUUGAUCCUCUGCACACGUGUCAUUCUCAUUCUCUGGACUGCUUCCAGUUCAUAGAAACAAACAACGGUCGCCACUCACCACAUAACUGAAACAACACAGAUUACCGCCAAAAGCAAAACAAGCAAGAAAAAUGUUUGUCCUCUCACCCUCUCUUCCCUUCCAUAGCUGUGUCGUCUUCCGCCAUAGGAGCUUCGUAGUCCGCUCUUCGUCUAGUGUCCAAGAGGUCGAGAAAGCCCCACAAGAUAGAGACUUGAGCUCCGAGCUUUACUCUUCGUCGCCGUUUCCUUCUAUUAAAGCGGCGAAGCGAGUGGUCUUGGUGCGCCAUGGCCAGAGCACGUGGAACGCCGAAGGAAGGAUCCAAGGGAGUUCUAACUUCUCCGUUUUGACUCCGAAGGGCGAGGCUCAGGCUGAUACUUCGCGUCAGAUGCUUAUUGAUGAUUCCUUCGAUGUUUGCUUCAGCAGCCCCUUGAUUCGAUCGAAACGAACAGCUGAAAUCAUUUGGGGAUCUCGCAAGGAGGAAAUCAUUACAGAUUCUGAUUUGAGAGAAAUCGACCUCUAUUCCUUUCAAGGCCUUCUAAAACAUGAGGGGAAGGCGAAGUUUGGUGCAGCUUAUCGACAAUGGCAGGUAGACGCUGCAAAUUUCAACAUUGAUGGUCAUUACCCAGUGAGGGAGUUGUGGGCUCGAGCCAGAAACUGCUGGAAUCAAAUCCUAUCCCAUGAUAGCAGGUCCGUUCUUGUGGUUGCUCACAAUGCUGUUAAUCAGGCUCUGGUUGCAACAGCUAUUGGAUUGGGAACCGAGUAUUUCAGGAUUUUACUUCAGAGCAAUUGUGGUGUGAGUGUGCUGGAUUUCACCCCGCGAGCUGAUGGUGGAUCGCCCUAUAUAUGUCUUAAUCGUUUGAACCAGACACCGAGUUCACCUGUUGCUGGUGGAAGUUCUGCGGGCAGAAAAACCAGUAGGCGGAUCAUACUUGUUUGUCAUGGAACUUUACAGGGGGAUAUAGAGGGUCUUUUUCCUAACUCUGGUGAUCAUCCAAUGAAUAUGCUAGGAAUUAUACAGACUCAGAAAACUGCAGAGCUUCUUCUUGAUCUUAAAGUAAACACUAUAUUCAGCAGUCCUAAGAAUGCUUGUUUUGAGACGGCCAAGGUCAUCUCCAGAGUGCAAGAAGCAGCAGAUUGUUUGGGUGCUGAUUGUGUGCCACGAUAUGUAGAAAUGAAACAAAUGGGAGACCUUGAUGUCGGAGACAUCCUACGUCAAUUGAAUAAGGAUGCGAGUGAGGCUCCAGCAUAUCCGCCUGGUUUUCUGAAUAGAUUUGAGGAUGACACACUUCUAGCUUUGUGGGAGAAGUCUGGGAAAGCCUGGCAAUCUUUGUUGAAUGAGCUAUCUGAUGAAUCUGAGCCAGAAAAGAUUGUUGUCACAGUUGGUCAUCCUGCAAUGCACAUAGCACUGAUGGCUCACUGCCUGAAUCUGACCAAGGAUUGGACGGCGUCAUUUCAUCUUGACGCUGGAAGUAUUAGUGUCGUCGACUUUCCUGAUGGACCUACCGGAAGAGGCGUCAUCCGGUGCAUAAAUUACACUGCUCACUUGGGAAGAUGGUCUAUACCCAUUACACGAUCAACAGCAGAUGAUGAAGAGUUCUAAUUGUUUAGAACAUCUAGUGUCAAUUAUCUUGAAAUUUAUAAUUUAGCAUUAAAUUACAGGAAUCCUCAAACAGCAGUGAUCAUAGUGUACAGUAUUUAAGUGCUUAUUGAUAUUGAUACUAUCUUUUUGGCCUAUCAUAGUAAUUUCAUUA